AUUUCCCAUUUCCCAAUUAGAUUUCAAUAAUUUAUUUAUUCAUUUUUUACAGAAUAAUAAUUCAUUAAAUAAAACUCUCUGGUCUGUCUCUGUUUGAUAAAGUGAUUAUGAUUGCAGGCGAGAUGUUCGACAAAAAGCCUCAGAGGAAGAAAGGGACAGUGAAACGACACCAUUUCCGUUUCUCGUAACCACCCAUGAUUAGCCUUGUCUCCACGCUCAGUCCUCGGCCGGUUAAAGCCCCCACCCGUUCUUACACACCCUUUUUCUCCUUCUUCUGAUUCUUCUUCUCCUGUUUAUUACACUUUUUUUUUCACUUAUAAAUAUAUAUAGCUUGCUUUACAAACAAACUUUUUUUUUUUUUUUCUUUCGCGGGUCCGGCAGUUCUGGCGUCGUGAUCUGUGUACCCUUUUAUUCAAAUUUUUGAUUUUUAUUAUAAAUUUGUGUAAUUUGUGGGAUGUUGAAGUGGAAACCGGCAAAGGAGACAGUUUGGGAGCUAGUCUUACUAGCUGUAAAGGCCCACUCUUGUAAACCUCCCACCAUGACCCCUAUUUGACUCUGUGGACUAGUAUACCUACCUACUACUACUACUACUCUCUCUCCUUUCCUUUCCUUUCUUUUCAACCUUUUUCUUUCACUAAAAUAAAAACAGAAUAUUUUUUGGGUGCCCAACUUCCACCUAGAUGAACUUCUUUUAAAGAGAGGUUGAGAAAAGAGAGAUCUUUGCUUGCCUGCUUAGCUAUGGCUCCUCCUCCACCUGGGAAGGAUUCUGGGUUUUACAGAGAAGGCAAUGACUGGUUUUACAAGGCGGGAUUGUCAAGUGAUAUUGUUGUUUCUGUGGAUGGAGUGAAUUUUCAUCUGCACAAGUUUCCUCUCAUAGCAAAAUGCGGGAAGAUGGCACAAAUUUAUGAAGAAUCUCAAAGUACCAACACAAAGAUCCUCAAUACAAAUCUGGAAGAAUUCCCCGGUGGCCCUGACUCUUUCUUGAUUGCAGCUAAAUUCUGUUAUGGUGCGAAGAUCGAAUUGACUCCAAGAAACACAGUAAUGGUUUAUUGUGCUGCAGACUACCUUGAAAUGACAGAGGCUUAUGGAGAAGGAAACUUACUCUCUAAGGCUGAGAAUUUCUUUUAUAAAAAUAUACUUCACAAUUGGAAAGAUUGCAUCUUGGCUCUCCAAAGCUCUGAGCCAGUGAUAAGUAGAGCAGAGAAGCUCCAGAUAGUAAACAGAUGUUUGAAUGCUUUGUCUGUGAUGGUUUGUACAGAUCCUAGUUUGUUUGGUUGGCCGAUGAUGAUGUAUGGUAGUCUACAAAGCCCCGGUGGAAGCAUUCUGUGGAAUGGAAUAAAUACCGGUGCAAGAAUUCAGAGCUCGGAAUCUGACUGGUGGUUCGAAGACAUCUCAUAUCUCGGCAUUGUUUUGUUUGAGAGACUUAUCAAGACAAUGGAGGCAAGGGGUAUACGACAUGAAAACCUUGUAGGUGCUAUAAUGUAUUAUGCAAGAAAGUACCUUCCUGGUCUGGGCCGAUGGCACAACGGACAAAGUAGCGUAACUAGAAUGGUUACAAGUUUUAAUUUGAAACCUGUUGCCCAUGAUCAAAAGGCUGUACUGGAAAGCAUUGAAAGACUACUUCCCCAGAAAAAGGGGAAAGUGUUUUGUCGGUUUUUACUAGGACUACUUCGUGUGGCUUUGAUUCUGGGAGUCAAUCAAUCAUGUUUGGAUUGUUUAGAGAGGAGAAUAGGGAUGCAACUUGAACUAGCAACCCUAGAUGGUCUUCUGAUUCCUACAUAUUCGGAUGCCGAUGCGUUGUAUAAUACUGACUGUGUUCAAAGGAUUGUCUAUCACUUUAUGUCGACAGAAACUAGGAUUGAGUCAUUUUCUCCAACAUCACAGGACUUGGAAACAUCGCCUUCAUCUGCACCGGUAAGAAAAGUUGCUAAGCUGAUAGAUAGCUACAUUGCAGAGGUUGCUUCUGAUGUGAAUUUAAAGCCUGCAAAGAUUCGUUCUCUAGCUGAGGCCACACCGGGGUCUGCAAGAUCAUUGCAUGAUGGGCUUUAUCGAGCACUGGAUAUAUACUUUAAGGCACACCCUUGGCUCCCAGAGAAAGAGAAAGAAGAACUUUGCAACCUCAUUGACUUCCAGAGACUUUCUAUAGAUGCAUGCGCUCAUGCAUCCCAAAAUGAAAGAUUACCACUUAGGAUUGUUCUUCAAGUCUUAUUCUUCGAGCAGAUGCAUUUGAGGACCGCUCUAGCUGGUUGCCUCCACGUCUUGGACAAUGAAAGUGCCCCUGCAGCUCCCACAAUUGAGACAGCUGGACAGAUUGUGCAACGAGACGGUUGGGUAACUGUUGUGCGAGAGAACCAAGUUCUGAAGGUAGAUAUGGAAAGGAUGAGGUCUAGAGUUGGUGAACUUGAAGAAGAAUUUAGUAAAAUCAAGGAGGAGAUGAAAAAAGUGAGCAAGUCUCAUAGCACCCUUGGUUCUCCCUGCUUAGUCGCUAGAAAAUUUGGGUGUAAGCUUCUUCCACAGCCGUCUGACGCUCAACAAGAGACUCUUGAGAUUACCGGGCCCACUCCUAGAGCAUCUGUUGCAUGUGAGCCCACUCCAAGAGCAUCAUCCGUCGAGCAGGCGCGUACUUCCGGUCAUUCUAGACACCGGAAAAGUUUCUCGUUGUUUUAAGAGCUAGUAUAUAAUAUAUAAGCAAAAAAAGAAGUCUGCCCAUGAUAACUAAAGCCUCUGUUUGGUACUCAGAAAGUUUUAAGGAAGGAGAAGAAUUUUUUUCAUACUUAGCUCUCUUUUGAGUGUAAUUUUCGACUGGUUUGAGCUGCUUUCAUUCCUUUCCUUCCGGAUUUUCUGCGGACCAAACAUAGAAGAACAGGGCAAUACUUCAACAGUUUAUACACGCAUUGCAUUGCAACUGUCAAUGAUAAGUGAGGUAACUCAUCAUUUUUUUCAAGUUAGAUUGUGUUGGUACUUUGCGACAUUCUUUUCAUCAUUACUCAAUCGAAAUCCAGCAGUGCUGAAUCAGGAAAAGAGGUUAGAUUUGCCAUUGCAGAUGAAAUGCUUUGAUCACAAGUGGAUACAAGUAAAUAUACCUUGUUUUUGUUUCAUAGAUAGAAAAGAGGAAUUGUUUAUGUUCCUUUUCAUAAUAUGUUUUAGUGUUUAAUUCGGGCUUUAUACGUGUAAAUCUUUGCAAAACAUGUUUGUAAAUUUAUUCAAACAAUGUGAAGAUAAAUAUAUAUUAGCAUAAUUAUGAGCUAAUAACUUGUUUAUUGAAACAUAAGCACGCUUAGACAUUAAAUGGAUAUGUAAAUUAAUAAUAAAUUGUUGUUGUUGUUU